AUGAUUGAAGAGAAUAUUACCAGGGUGAUGGAAUUCAUUCUUUUGGGUUUUUCAGUCCAGAGAGAGAUUGAAAUCCUUCUCUUUCUUCUCAUUUUAGUGGUAUAUGCUCUAACUCUGGUGGGAAACAUUGGCAUGAUUUCCUUAAUCCGGUUGGAUCCUCACCUUCACAUGCCCAUGUACUUUUUUCUCAGUAAUCUGGCCUUUGUAGACUUUUGUUACUCCUCGUCAAUAGCCCCAAAGUUCCUGGAGACCCUCCUGACCAAGCACAGGUCCAUAUCCUUCUAUGCAUGUGCGGCACAGCUGGGCUUUUUCCUGAGCUUCUUGAUUUUGGAGAUGUUCCUUCUUGCAGUGAUGGCUUAUGACCGCUAUGUGGCCAUCUGCAAUCCUCUUCUCUACGUGGUGAUCAUGUCCCAAAAGGUGUGCGUGCAACUGGUAGCAGGCCCUUACUUAUACAGCUUUUCUGUUGCUUUCCUCCACACAGUUGUUACUUUUCGAUUGAUCUACUGUGGCCCCAAUGUUAUUAAUCACUUCUAUUGUGAUGAUGUCCCUUUGAUGGCCCUUGCCUGCUCAGACACCAGCCUUAAAGAGAUCUUGAUUUUUAUCUUUGCUGGGUUCAACAUGAUCAGCUCUUUGACCACGGUCCUUAUUUCUUACCUAUACAUUGUGGCUGCCAUCCUGAGAAUCCAAUCUGCAGAAGGGAGGCGCAAAGCGUUCUCAACCUGUGGUUCUCAUCUGACUGCUGUCUCUAUAUUCUAUGGGACUCUGAUCUUCAUGUAUCUGCAGCCCAAAUCCAACCAUUCCCUUGACACAGACAAAAUGGCCUCUGUCUUCUACACAAUAGUCAUUCCUAUGUUGAAUCCCAUGAUCUACAGCCUGAGGAACCAAGAGGUAAAAAAUGCCUUGAGGAAAGCCUUUGAAAAAUGUUAUUUCCUGUCUCUAAUAAACAUUAGAAUGUAA